GCUCACCAGAUGAACGAUCAUGGAACUUUUUAUUUGAAAAAACGAUCCCGAAAAUAAAUGCUGCAGAGACCACGAAUCGGAUCCGCGCUAGAGAUGCAGCCCGUCACUGUCGGUUUCAUUAUGUUGUACUUACUUAGUUUGUUGUACGAUUUCGCCCACGAAUAAUCAACCUGGUCCUCGAUGGAGGGCAAGUGCCUCUUCUAAAGUGCUGUGGUCAACACAUAUGUGAAGUCGAAGAUGUCGGUUGAAAAUUGAGCACGAGAAGAUCAUGGUCAGCAAUUCCCUUGUAUCAAAAGCACGAGAGGGACGAGGACACUUGAUGUAUUAAACAUGUGUAUAAGGUCUGCCUCUCGUGAACAAAAAAAAAGAGAAUGAGAUAAAGCACUGAUCAGAUUAAGUGUCGUGAAGAUUUUUCCUCCCGCGGAAUAAAAUAUCACUAAACAGGUCCUUCCACACAGCAUCCAAAAAUAUUCCCUCUUGACAAAAGAGCUUGAGUAGAACAAGUACUUCUAGGAGAAACAACUGACUCGAAGAAAAGAUUAUAUUGAAUCGGAGUAAAAAGAAGUUUAGUUGCAUCCGUAUUCAAGCAUCUGAAUCGCAAAAGUUCUUUCUAUUAUAAGUGCAUUCUCUUCCCUGUCCUUUGACUUCUUCUUCCUGCAAAUCCCAACUUGCAGAAAAAAAUUGACGACCCAUCUCCUGACCCAUCUCCUUUGUACCAUAUUAGUACAAAGCAAAAAAGAUAAAAGAUGCCGUCCUCGUCCUCCUCUCCCGUUCUUGGCAGUCCAGUGAUCGUCACUGCUGUCCACCACCGAGAUAACCAGUACUACAAAGAACACCUCGCAGCGGGUGGCGCCACACAUGAAAAUCUUGAAGCGGACGAGGAGAAUCAGUUGCUCCUUGUUUAUCCAGAUGAGCGACAUCAAAACACGGCAAACACCACUCAGCAACUACACCACCAGGACCAGCCACAGUACGUGUACUACACUUACGAACAAGGCCAGCAGCCCGUCGCCCAACACCAGGUCAAUGUGGUUGUUGAAAACGAGGAAGUAGAACAGCCGGAAAAGCACUGCCUCUGCACCUGCUGGUGGGGCAGCGUUCUGUUCUGGAUCUUGAUCGCAAUUUUGGCGAUUGGUUUAGUGUUGUUUUUGUGUUUAUGCAUUGCAAAAGCAUCAUACGUAGUAUAAAUUGCAUUACAAAUUUUCUCAAAUAGGAAAAAUUCAAUUUGUAAUGCUGACGUAGCUAAGAAUCCAGAUUUGUCAUGCAUAGUUGCAAUUACUACAAGUUUGCGAUGCUUUUGCACAUGAUACUUCUACGUGAUUUGCGCGGCGAUCGCAGUUUUCUGCUUCGAAGCCACGUGGAUUAGCUGGUUCGGGGUGCCCAUUGUACGCAUUGCAAAUAUAAUGCUUGGGUCUGGAUGAACAAGGUUGGAACUUGUGAUGCGGAUUAUGGAAAAGGCAAAAAUUUGUAUUGCAUGAGCGCCAAAGAUGAAAGGCUGCUCACUUGAUGAUGAUGUUUUUGCUACGCAAUAAAUAGGGAACUUCUGAUGCAGGGUAGACAUCUUCAGAAGGCCUCCUGCGCAAAACCUGUAUUUUUAUGCUUUUGCGUGCAUAAUUACAGACUAUCCAAAAGAUGCAUGGCAAACAAGGGCAGAACUCUUCCAGACCCAGACAUUAUAUUUGCACUUUAUACAUCAGGGCCGCAGCCGAUAUUAUUCACAAUAAGGAUGGUCCUGGCGGGGCAACGGGCGGCGGGGCGAUGAACUGAAGGUUUUUCUUUUCUUCUACUAGAGGCAGAGGGUUUUUUUUUAAAAGCCCUUCUCUGGAAGAAAAAAUAACAAGUGUGGCCGUCGGAAAACGAAUAAAUGUUGGAGACGAUAAUUAUUCAAUGAAUGGAUACAAAAAUCAGCUAGAAAGAUGAUGAUCAUGGAGUUGCGCUGCUUCGAUUUCAACUAGUUGUAACUUCGUGCACUACACGGACUUGUUGCACAGUGGAAUCAAGCCUGGCAGUACUCAAUAAACCUAAAUCGGACAACUUUCAAACCGCACUCGUACUCGUUGCGGUCCAAAUACAAAAAAUGAAAACGCCUGGCUGCCGCUCCUGCUAUAUGAAAAUAUUAAUAUUACAAAUUCAAAUCUACAAACAAAAUCGAGAACAGUAUUCCUCUCGAUGUUUGUUGACGAGGCACCAGAAAGGAAAAAAAGAGCAAUAAAAACUUUUUUGCGCGAGUCUUCGAGACUCCAGCAACUACCCCGACCACUGUGCACUAGGGAAAAGUCGCCCAUAAUUGGUUUGCUCAU